GUGCCCGCAGCAGAGCCCUCAUUCUCCCAGAGCGCAUUACACAGCUAACAGGAAGUGGAAGACGACCAACGGAUGGCAAGGAGAGCCAUGGAGGGAGAUGAAGGGGGGGAGAGUUGCAGGUGCUGCAGGGCAGGGGGCUUUGUAUAAGGGGUCAAGCCUGUGGGAAAGUCUCUCUUAUCAGGUGACGUUUGAAGAGACCUGAGCAGUCAGGCCACAAAUCAUGUGGUUGGAGGAAGAACAUUCCAGGCAGUGCGGGCAGCUCAUGCCAAGGCCCUGCUCUGGGAGUAUAAUCGGGAGCACAAAACACUCGACUACUAGCAUGGUCAAGAAGCAGAAAGGACACCAGGGAGGGAGGAGAGAAUGGCAGGGAAAAAUUCAGAGAGGCAGCAGGCCUUCGGUAGGGCACCGGGUGUACAAAGCACACAGGGGUUGUAGGCCAUAGAAGCAGCUUGGCUUUUCUUCAGAUUGUAUCUCUGGAGAGAGAACGGUGUGAACCACACAGAGAAACUCGAGAGAAGAGGCUGGUGGGGGAAAAUGCAAUUUCUGAGUCAGACUGAAGUAUUGCCAGAGUACCCAGGUGACAGGACUUGGUCAGCAUGGAGGGGAGGAUUCAGGGCUUCAGAAACAGACCCAAAGGACUGGCUCAAGGGAGACCACUGAGCAGGUCAAGGACAGAGAUGAUGAUGAAGGCAGGGCAGGAGCCACCAGAGAGGGGCCUUCCUUUGGCACUUACUAGCUGUGAGACCAUUAGCUAAGCACUGGGUUUCCUGAAAAGUCCCUCAGCUGAGACCAAACUGUCUUCAAGGCCACAGGUAAUGAUAAGCUGACAUUGGCCAUCAUUCAGGAGGCCUGAUUUGGAAGACUUUUGGCCCCUUUUUUCCAGUCCACCUAUGAAAUUUCAGUUUUUAAGCUCUGGUGACAGCUAACACUUGGACAGAGCCCUCAAAUGGGGAAGGGAGGCCAAGUUAGUGUCCUGUGUUGACUCAGGGACUUAGGAUCUUACCACACAUAUCUCUCCUCCCUCCAUGGCCCCCGGGGCAAUUCCAAGUUGCAGCCCAGAGAGGCCUGGCAGUGCUUCCUGAAAAAGGAUGCGUCAGACACAGGCCCCUCCUGCCCCACUGCGGACCGGCAGCUGCCAUAAAAGUGUUCCAGGCCGGGGAGGGAGCAGCUGCCGCUCGCAUCAUGAAGCCGGCUGGUGCUCUCGUGCUUCUCUGGGCUGCCUUGCUCCUGAUCUCGGGCGGAGAUUGUAAAAUCUGCUCAGCAGUGCAUAAGGAUGUCAGCCUGUUCCUGACGGGCACCACUGAAGAAUAUGUCCAAGAAGUGGCACGAUACCGAAACGAAUCCGUAAUACUAAAAAAUGCCGAAAGCCUGAAGGAGUGCAUUGAUGGGAAAAUGACAGAAGACGACAAGAAGAAUGCUGUCAAUGUGCUGAGUAAAAUACAUGCAAGUCCUUUGUGCUGACGGAGCCAUCUCUGCCAGGAGCCCCAAGGAUGUCACUUGACUGACCACUAAGUAGUUUCCGCAGCCUGCCAUGUCCAGGUGUCUGAUUAGAGGAUUCCAGCAAUAAAAGCUUUGCAAUUCAA